UUGGGCACAAAAAUAAUAUUCAUUCAGACAAUCACUUCAUUUGAUCCCAAGAUAUGGCACAACACAUGAAACACAAGAAAAUAUUAACGAUAACUAUAGAUGACAGCGAAGAUGAGGGCGAAGACAAUGUCAGGCAACAGGUACAGAUCUAUGCGAAGGACUCAAUGGACAGAUUCGGUGAUGAUUUGUGUGCACUUCUCUUGUUUCAACUCUCACUCGAAGACCGAUUCCGUUGCGAAUGUGUGUCCAAACAGUUCCAGAGGACAGCCUUCGGGAGUGUUGUGGACAUCACUCUUAACGACAAUCUUAUAAGUAAAACACAGGGUAUUCCAGAAACAGAAACAUAUUACAACAUCACCACGUCCAAUACCAUUGACUGUCGAGAAAUGACAUUACCUAAUAAUCUCAUUCCCGAAGUGUUGGCCAUAUUUCGAGACAAUUGCCGACAUUUACGGGAAAUUUACUGCAAUUUAUGGCGAAAUCGUAAGCAAACAAUGGGUUCUUUGGGACCAUUGAUCACACGAAUCGGUUGUCUUAAUCAUAUCGACUGUCAAUCGCUCACUCAGUGCAACCGUUUCUCAGACUUACAGUCGGUGUUUGUCUCACAUCUCAAGACUACCGGCGCUGAAAACAUUGAACAUAAGUUCCAACUGUAA